AUUCAAAAGUCCCGUAGACAUUCACAGACUCCUAACAGGGUGGUUCAGUGGUUGUUCUGGAAGAAAAGCAGAUCAUCGCUGCCUGUGUUCAGGAUAAAAGGUGAAUGCAGAGAAAAUGAAGCUGUUUGCCAUCGAGGAUUGAGACUACACGUGGUCAUGAGAAGGUAAUCAUAAUGAAUACUUUUGGUUUAAUUCAUUAAUGCUGCAGGAAAGUGAUUGUUGGAGCUGAAAUCUGUUCUAUAUUUAACAGCUGCUCUAGCAGACACACGUCCUUAUUCCUCAUAGCAGAGCUUUACGCCUCAUAUAAAUGUGACUGAUACAACGACCUGAAAGAUUAUGAUGGUUUGAGAUGUGUUUUCAUAUUUGUGGAAAACAGGCAUCUGACUGUUUGAGUCCACAACAUUACAUCUACCUUUUUUAAAUUACCUCAUUGGCUGUACAGCAUAUCAUUUAUUUGUAUCUCACUAAUGCGUCAUUAGGACCAACGCUUAAUAUUUACAAUGUCAAGUACAACCGGCGAAGGCCAUGAUACAAGUAAGCUAAACAAACUGUUGAUGUGUGACUUUAAAAUAAGAACUUUAACUUAAUCGAUAUGAAAUGAAUAUAGCAUUUAGUUUAUUUUCUGUUGUGCUUGAAAAGUCAUCUUUGCAUUCAGUGGUUUGACAUUACGUACAACACAAGCGCAUAAUUAUGGACAGAAUUGUAGAAAUACUGAGGUCAUAAGUUCCACCUAACCCUAAUAUUUUUAUUACAUCUAUGCAUGUUUUAUUUGCCAACAUGAGACCAUCUAUCCAAAUAGGCUCCCAUGAGCUGCAGCUUAGCAAAGCUCCUCGUCUAUAAUGUCAAACAACUACUAAUCAUCCUCGCUGUGACCCUGAAAUAGGUCACAGCUAUAAUUAUGGUUUUACCUCCAUCCCAGCGGCUCUGGGUGGGGAUGUUGGUGGUAAUGGUGGAGCUCACUGGAGCCCUGCAGAAGUGCAUUUUCGACGAGGUUCAGGCCCAGGCCAGGGUGGUCCGAGCUGCACCCCUCCACCCAGACAGCCCACCCACCGAGCCCAGACUCGGAGCCCAGGACGGGCAAGAGCCCCCGCUAAGCUCUGGGCGGCAAACCAAUCAUCCGGGACCCGAGGCAUCACCUCUGUGUGGCCUAUCGGUGACACAGGGGAGACGCCUGAUAACGAUGGCACCGCCCACUCCAGCCUCUCAGCAGCCAAUCAGGAUCCAGAUCUGGAUCCCAGUGGAGAGCAACGGCCUAUCAGAGGCUGAGAAAGCGAGGCUGGAGGCAGCGGUGGAGGAGGCUGUGAGGAUGGUGUCUUCGUCACUUUCAGUGAACAGAGGGCUGGGUCCAUUGCUGCUCAGCAGAGACAUCAAUAAAUACUGCAAGUUUCUGUGGAAGAAUUCAAGUACUGCCAACUACAACAGAUGUGGUCGAGCCAACAACAACUACAGAGCUGAGACCUGUCUGGAUGUGACAAUCCCAGAUGAUCAUCUCGCUGGAUGUGAUGUUUACCCGGAAGCUGAUUCCCCUCGAAGGACUGAGCUGCGUCCUGAAGGUGCUGGACUCCCCGACACCGACUUCCUGCUGUACCUCCACGUUCAGGCCACUGACAAGUGCAGAGCAGAGCCUCACGUGUCGGCCUACGCUGUCCACUGUCAGACGGACCCCUGUGGCCGACCCUUAGCCGGGGUGGUGGUCAUCUGCAGGGACAGACUGACAGAAGCCACAUACAGCCACCAGGCGACUGUACAGACUGUGAUCCAUGAGCUGUUUCAUGCACUUGGUUUCUCUAAAGAGCUCUUCAACACCUGGAGAGACUGCUCCUCCACUUCUCAAGUUGGUGCUGGCUGUUCUCCUCGAGGCAGAGUGACUCACUCUGAUGCAUCGGGCCAGAUGAGGAUUUAUACCCCGUCUGUUAUCUCGGCCCUGCGGAGGCACCUGGGGUCCACUGACCCUGAGCUGGGGGGGCCGCUGGAGAACCUGGAUGUUCCUCCAGGCAGAGUGUCCUCUCACUGGGAGUCCCGGGUCCUGCAGGGCUCCGUCAUGGCCGCGCUGCUGGGGGACCCCACCACAGUCCGGAUCGACCCGGUCACCUUGGCUGCACUGCAGGAUACAGGCUGGUACAGUGUAGACCUGAGCCGGGCACAGAGUCUAAUCUGGGGAGACGGUGAAGGAGCCAUGUUUGGUUCCCUGUCAGCCUGUCGGAACAAGUCCUCGUCCUUUUUCUGCACUGGCAGUGGGUUUGGGUGUCAUUAUCUUCACCUCCACAAGGGGGAGUGCCAGACUGAUCCACACCUGGAGGGCUGUCGAGUGUAUAAACCCCUUCAGAAUGGAAGUGAAUGUUGGAAAGAGGAAAAUGGCAGAGAAGAGGAUUGGAGCGAGGAGGUCUUCGGUUUUCACAGCCGUUGCUUCUUCUCCAGCCUGACCAGACAGAACCGGAGUCAGCUUCUUUUACCCAGCAGCUCUGUGGAGGGACGUUGUUACAGACACAGGUGUACUGGACCGAACAGGUACCAAAUCCAGGUGUCAGGCUCUGAGUGGGUGGACUGUCCAGCAGGAGGCACCAUUCAGAUAAAAGGGUACCAGGGUUUAGUCCACUGCCCUGACCGGAGGUUAUGUCUGUACGCUGACGUUACUCCUCCUCCAGACGAUGUCGGUACAUUUCCUGCUUCUAUCACAAGACAUCCUGCAGAGCUCACUGCAGCCUCGGCGCUCGGCAUCACUGCUGCCGUGUGUCUCCUGGCUGCAGCCGUGGUGUCCUACAGGAAAUGUGGCCUCUGCAGGGUCAGGGUCCACUCUGCCCCACAGGAUCCCACUGAUCCGUAGCGAACACCUAAAAACCUUUGAAUAUAAACUGAUGGCUUGUUUUGUUUUUUCCCUGACUAAAUGAUCAUUUUAAUGGGAGGGAGGAAUAAUUAAUUCAAUCUUUUUUAUUUUUAUUAAACAGCAAAGUCAUGAACAGUUGAACUUCUACAAAACAUAAUGUUAAUAAGUGACACUAAAAAAGAGUAAUGACAAAACAUGGCAAAAAAACAUUAACAGAAUGAAUAGUGACGCUGAGGUAAAGAUUACAGGUGUCCCUUGAUCAUCAACAUGUGUCCACAUGGUUCAGUACAUCGCGUACAAAGGGUUUUCAUUAUCACCGUGAGAGCCAACUUUCUGGCUGAACCAGUGAUCAGUGCUGACAUAAAUCCUCCCUAGCUGUAUAUUAUUGACAAUACAACAAUAAGGAUCGCAACUAACACACAAGCGAUAAGGAUGAGUGAAAUCCAAAGGGGAGUCAUCUUGCAAGUUGGACUCUUGGAGAGUUUCUGAGAACUCUCAUCUGGUGGGAAAGUCAGACAGAAAUGAAUUAUCAGGCUCUUUAAUUAAAAUGCAUUAAAAUAAAAAGUUUUGUCUCCUCACCUUUUUCUAUC